CACAAACCACUCUGGUCUUGCUUGCUUGCACACACCGCGCUUGUUGCUGGCGGCUGUCCUGCGUGGCUGUUGAAGCUGUUUGUUUGUUGUUUGUGUGUGUGUGUGUGUGUGUGGCACACAUCCUGCUGCUGCCUGUGCUUGUUGUCUCACUUCUUGAUCGUUGUGGUACCUUGCUCCUCGCUGCCACUACGAGUACCACUGCAACUACCACACUCUUUUUUUGGGGAUAGGAGUGCCGCCACUGGGGCUGCUUGUUUCCUGCGUGCUUGCUUGCUUGCUUGCUCGUGGCGGUCUGUGAUUUGACACACCGGAUACUGCCUUUUUGUUCUCCCCGUGUACAAGCAAGUUCGUGUUCCUUUUUUUGUGUUGUUGAGCGUUGUCCUGGGUGACCAGAAGGAUGCGCAGCCACGUUGACAUUGUCCUCAUCGGAGACCGCGACGUGGGCAAGACGACACUGAUCACGUCUGCACAGACGGGCAAGUAUGAGCCCAACGUCCCUCCGUUACUCGAGGUCAUCCCACUGCCGCCAGAGACGCUGCGAGAACCUGUCGCCGUCUCCGUCACCGACACCUCGUUGCGGUGCCAAGAGGAAGGCGACAUCGUGGAGGCAGUCAAGGCGGCUGACGCCAUCUGCAUUGUGUUUGCUGCCGACGACGAGGAGAGCAUGAUCCGGGUGAGCACAUAUUGGAUGCCACUCAUCACGGACGCGCUGCCGCCAGAUGCCCCGACCCCGGUUCUCAUGAUUGGCAACAAGGUGCACAUGUGGACAAUUCUGUGGGCGUUUGGGUAUGAUGACGACCUCUCACUCAACGAAGAGUACAUGUGUCCAACGCUUGAGCUGGAGAAGGACAGUGUCCCCGAGAUCAGUCCCAUCGGAAUGGAGUUCCUAAUUCGCCUCUUUCGGCAAUACGACGUGGAUGGCAGCGGGCUGUUGUCGCAGGAACAACUGGAGCGCGUGUUUGAGGUCUGCCCCGCAGUGCCCUGGGCGGACGAUGUGUAUCCGGCAUCGGACGAGCUCGAGUGGACGCUGGAACAGUUUAUCAGCCUCUGGGUAUACCUGUGUUGGUCUGAUCCAAGCGCGUUCAUGCGCACACUCGCAUAUCUCGGCUUCAACUUCCGCACGCCGACAAACACACACGGUUCUGUCAAGGACGCCAUUCGACCGUCGCGUGCGCGGCGGGAGGAGCGACGAGUUGGGAAGUCGACGCGAACCGUUCACGUUUUGUUCAUCUUCGGCAAACAGCAGGCCGGCAAGCUGCGGGAGUUUGCAGUGAACGGCGACGACCACGAAGUCAUUUCGUCCUCGUACUGCGCUGAUAAAUGCGAUGUUGCCGCGCUGUGCUUUGACGUCACAGAUCCUUCGUCCUUUGCCCACGCAGCAGACCUGCAGGCCGCCGUUGUUCGUCCCGGUCCUCGUUGCGUCAUGCUUGCAUGCAAAGCGGACGAGGUUGCUGUUGAACAGCAGUUCCCACUGCAGCCGCCAGAGUACUCCAGGCAACACAACAUCCCGCUCGUACAGGUGUCCUCCCAACGUGGUGAUACGGACGAUGCAUUUGCUGCUCUUGUCGAUCAGGCAUCAAAACCUCGAGAGAGUGAUGGUGGUUUGGGAAGUGGCAUCUCGUCACGGUCCCUCUCGUGGUUGCGGACAGCUGGCGCCAUCGCUGCCGCUGCUGUUGCUGCAUACUUUGCAUUCAGGUACGACCCCGUACAUACAUGA